GGCCGGGCAGCCAUGGCCGGGGCCGGGGCGGGCGUGCAGCUGCUGGGCUACUUCUUGGCGCUGUGCGGCUGGGUGGGCAGCCUGAGCUGCGCGGCGCUGCCGCAGUGGAAGCAGAGCUCGUACGCGGGCGACGCCAUCAUCACGGCCGUGGGGCUGUACGAGGGGCUGUGGAUGAGCUGCGCGGCGCAGAGCACGGGCCAGGUGCAGUGCCGCCUGCACGACUCGCUGCUCUCGCUCGACGCUCACAUCCAGACGUCCCGCGCGCUCAUGGUGGCGGCGAUCCUCCUGGGCUUCCUGGGCAUCAUCGUCAGCGUGGCGGGAAUGAAGUGCACAAAAGUCGGGGAUGAAAACCCCGUUGCGAAAAGCCGGAUUGCCAUCGCAGGGGGCAUCCUCUUCAUCCUCUCAGGUCUGUGCACAUUAACAGCUGUUUCGUGGUAUGCAGCACAAGUGACCCGUGAAUUCUUCCACCCGAGCACCCCAGUUAACGCCAGGUAUGAAUUUGGCUCUGCUUUGUUUGUUGGCUGGGCAGCUGCCAGCGUGACCAUGCUGGGAGGCUCCUUCCUGUGCUGCUCGUGCCCUGCCGAGGAGAGGAGAGGACAGCAGUACUACAGGCAGUCUCAGCCCUCUACAGCUAGGGAACCCAAUGUAAAAAUGUCUUCUUCACCCAUCAGGGGAGAGCAGUGCUUAUAGGCUGUCUUCACCCAUCAGGGGAGAGCAGUGGUGGUUUGUCUGAACCCAGCCUAUUGUGUUCCCUUCAAAUAAAAACCAAAACAUUUUAAGAGCAGCUCCUCUAGCGAGGAUUUAAAAAGAAACCUGUGAUUAAAAAAAAAAAUAACCAGAAAGGUCGUCUUAUAUAGAGCCAAAGCACUGUGUAUACCAAUGUUUUUAUUCUUUUAAUUUAAAAUUGUAUUAACUUUUCUUUGGUACAAAAGCAUAGUUAAGGGGAUUUAUGCUGUUUUGACUAUUCAAACGUGUUCCUGAUUAUUUGUACUAAAAAUGACUCCAAGGUUAUUAAAACGUUUUAGGUCAUUAU